AGAUCCUUUUGGGAAAGGAUAAAGAGCAGCUGUGCGCCUGCUCUGAGGGAGCACAGUACAUCUUGCACUAGCCAGUUGCGGCAGCCAUUCAAAGCGGCCAUCACAAAGACAAGGGAGAGAGCAGGGAAGGAGGAAGACUCCACUAGCAAGAUGCUAACAGCUUGCACAAGCAAGAUGGUACUUUUAGCCCCUUUACUUCUAAUGGCUGGGCUGCUUUCUACAAAGGCCGCUACAGCUGAAGAAGAAUCAGGAACAGCUAUUCCUGCUGAAAGUCGUCCAUGUGUUGACUGCCAUGCCUUCGAAUUCAUGCAGAGGGCUUUGCAAGAUUUAAAGAAGACAGCGUACAAUUUAGAUUCACGAACGGAGACGUUGCUUUUCAAAGUGGAGAAGAGAACCCUGUGUGACUGUUUAACCAUCAACGCCCUGAACUGAGUCCUGGAGGUUCCGCCUAGGAGUGUCUUUGACAAGCUCAUCACACCGCUGUUAGGAAACAAAUAGUGCAAACAUGUAAAUCUGGAUGCUUAUGAAACUAAGUGGAGAAUUUUGGUAUGAGAUUGCUGUGCCUGCCUUCAGCAUAUGUAUGUCUUUCCCCUCCACUCGACCUCAUCUUGUGUCAUCGGGAGUUGCAAGAUACUUUCCAAGGAAAAGAAAAGACGGGAGGGACGCAGUGAUGGGUUUUUGCAAAAACUAGAGUUUUGUUUUCAGAAGCUUUCCUUUUUAAUAUUAUAUUCUCCCCGCACAGAAACCUAAAAGUAAUCAGUGAAGACCAUAGCAGGGAUUCUGGGGAUCUUUUGUUGGGGCUCUUUUCCCGUGAGUGUUUUUAGAAGUAAUUGAAUAUUUAUACCAAAUAACGUAUACAAAGCAGAUUUUGAUCAUAUGCAAAUAUGAUGUUGAUAGUGUGCAAAAGAUGUAAAAUGAAAUGAAACAGAAUCAGGUCAGAGGCUCAGUCAUUAAACCAUUUGUUUCAUUAUUAAAGAAUAUGAAUUAACUGAAAUCUAAUUAAAAUUAAAAAGCAGCAGCAACCCAAGAAGAGGCAUCUCCGAAAGCAACUUCAGGGCAAGGAGGAUGUGUCCUUUUCCUUCACUCCACCCCACCCACCCCAAAUGGACCCCUCCCCUGCCAUUUCUCUUCUGGGCAGCAGUCGCUCUCUGCCCCGUAGCCACAUGCAGAAAAGAUUCACAGCGUGAUGUUGGGCGGAAGCUGCAGUGGGAUCGUGCACCGCUUCCCCGCUGGGCCAUGGCCACCAAGGGCAAGCAGCUCUGGAGCUGGCAUGCCUUUCAGACCCCAUGAAAUAGCUGUUUGAGUGGCACAGCCAGAGGCAGAGCACUGAACCUACUUCAGCCCAGUCCUCAUCUGCUGCUAAAGGGUCUCUUCUUUUUACAGUUGGGCCAGGACCACCAUAAAUGCCCCUUUUCCUUCCCUGGCACAUAGGGAGCAUGUCUCUUCUAAGCUGAUUUCUUCUAGUUCUUUCUUCAGAACUGUUGGGCUAAUAGACUAAAACUCCCAUCAUGAAUUGAUUAAAAUCUGAACAUUCAGGUCUAAAAAUAAAUAAGUAAAUUGUUCUCCAACUGAAUGCAUUAUGUCAACUUGUUUGGUGGACCUGUAAGGGUCCAUAAUAGAUCAGGAGAGAAAGAAGCCAACUCCAAAUCCAUAGUGACGCUCUUAACAUAAAUAAUUGAUGAAGUAAAUUUCUAAUUGCAAAAUUCAAAAACCACUUUUUUGGGGAGGGGGGAGUUAGGUUCAUCUGCAGAAAGGUAACAAUUACAAAAAUGAACAGUCAUGUAAUGUAACUUCUCCUUGACUUGAGGGAACAAGGUUUCACUUAGGCAAAAGGUCUAAGACAUUAGUGAACAAGGCCUGUAAAGGAUUUCAUUUUUCUACCUUUUCCUUAUAGAUACGUGGAAGUGCAUCUCUAGCCAUACCUUCAUACUUCUGUGAGUUGGUACACUGAGUAAUUUGUAGUUCAUCUGUUAUCUCCUAACCAUUUUAGCUGAACAGUGUUCUUCCAUUAUCAGUGUAUCAUAGACAUUAUCUAUGUAUCAUUUCUUUUCCAAGAAAUGUUUGUGUGUGCAUACAUAUGUAAAUGUACAAACACUUCUAGUACUGGGGAAAUAUACUUUUUAAAAUAAAGAUCUGAGAUCAUGACAUUGGAUUGCUAUAUUCCAAUUCAUAGAUUUUUUUGGAGAAGCAUAGAUAAUAUUUUACUAAUUCUUAAUAUUUCUACUGUAAUGUUUAUUGACCUAGUUCUUUUUAGAGUGUUCUUCAUUCUUCUAUUAUUACUAUAGUAUUUUCAAAACUGCCAGUUCAGGUGGAUGUUCACUUUCACUUUUGAAAGUUUGGUGAUUGCAGCAUAAAGGUUGAAAGCAUGUUGUAAGUGUAAGCUGCAUCUGAGAAGUCAGAAGCACAGGAUGACUUCAGGUAUCUCAGGUCUGCAGAGAUCCCGGGAUCCAAAUAUCACUAUUUUCUUCUUGCCACCAACUUGGGUAUUUUAGCCUUGCUUGCUUGCUUUAUUUAUUUAUCCUCUAUAAUAAUCUGCAUUUGCUUGUAUCUGCAAUAUAAAAUGCCCGUUUUCAUGAGAAAUUGGAAAGGGGCUGUGAAGUGUAUACAAUGCCAUUCUGUUUUUAGAAGUAGAAAGCAAAGAUUAAAUACCCGAUUAAAUACCUAAAUUACCUGACUAGGAUAAUUGCUGCUUCUGUGCAACAAGGAAAAAAAUAAACCCAACGUGCUAGAAUGCUGAAAUUAUCAGUGUGAGGAGAAGAAAGUCAGGAUCAGGCCUCAAACCUUUUAGCUAAUGUUCAGAGAAAAUGGCAGGAGAUCAUGUUAUGGUUAAAAAUAGAAGAACGUGGUUGGGCUCCUUCCUCCCCCUCUCCCAAUAAUUCAGCUCCUGAAAGGUUGAAUAGCACCAGGGGUUUUUUUUCCUAUAACUAUGCUGCAGCUACAAAAAGAGACCAGGAACCACAUAAAAUACCCUCCUUAUUUAAGGAAUCUUAAAUGUGUUUAUGAAUUUGAAAUGUUGCCAGAAAAGUAGUUGUUGUUAUGUUGGUUCAACUCUUAGUUGGGGUCAAAGUUCUGCACUUAGCUGGGUUCAGUACAGCACUGAUGUGUGUGUACAGAUGGAUGGAUGAUGGUGAUGUGUGUACAUUUGUGAAGUUUUAAAUUAAAAAAGGUUUUAAAAUUACAGCUGCAUAACAGGGAAAGUGUGAAUUAAUCCAUCACCUCCAUCAAAGAGAGGGGAAACUGGGCGGUCAAAAGCACCUCCUCAAUGCCCCAGGCUGAAGUUGGACUCAGAUAACUCAGCUUCAGACUUAAGCAUGUAACAUUUUCCAGGAGGCUGAAGGUGGCCAUGGGAUUUGAGUAGCAA